UUUGUUUAGAAAUUACCAAAUUAGCAUAUAUAUCUCUAAGAAUACAUGCAGUAGUUUAACUCAUAUACCGGUAAAUGUAGGGUCAUGUCAACCCCUCCAAUUAGUCAAAGGGAUCAAGUUAAAAAAUACAACGAUUUAACCGAAAAAUUGAAAGAGCUUACGGUUGCGAAUUCUAAUACCGAUGACACUGAAAAUUUGAAAGACAUUGAAAGUGACAAAGGAAAGAAUGAAAACAUAAAUAUUAAAAUGCAGCUGAGGCAAUCUGAGGAUCCUUCGAGGGAAGAAGCGAUUUCAUUGGAUGAGGAUUUAGAAACUGACGACGAAUCAGAAGAGGAAGACUCCAGUGACGAUGAUGACGAACCAAUCAGAGCUCCAGUUGAAUUACUUGGGGAAUUUUUACAAUAUAUAAGACAAGGUAAAUGGGAAGAUGCAAAGAAACUUUGUGUAAUGAUUCUGAUUUAUGAGCCAGAAAACUCGGAAGCUUUGCAGUUUCAACCUGUUAUUGACGCAAAGAUACAGAUAGAAAAGGAGCUUGCAGAAAUGAGUGAUUCCUCAUCUGAAGAAGAGACAGAUGAGAGCAGUGACGAAGAGGAUUCAGAAGAAGGGGAAGAUUCAUCUGAAGAAGAUGAAAGUGAUGAAGAAGAAAUUGAUCGCAGAGGUCAUCUUCAUAAUAAACUUCUACUACCAUCGGAUAAAACAGAUCUAGGGGUCUGGAGGCCUUAAUGUAUAUUAUGCCAUUGUAUGGGUGGAGAAAAGCAAGAAGUAAUUUACCUGCAAAAAGCCAUUGAAAGUGCCUUAGAUAGCUCUGUAAAGGUACAAUGGGUUGUGCCGGAUAUCUUUUUUCUAUCAGCACAGGAUGUUCUCUUUACUGUGUGCAAUUCUACUUUGCUUCAAUUUUCGCUUCAAUCUUUUACAAUAAAUCUUUUAUUGAUUUUG